AUGGGGCCUCUAGCAUGGACAGUGUUCUUGUGCAUCGCCAGCAGUGCUAGAUCGGGUGACGCAAUUUUCGACGAAACUGAUUCUGCUACACCAUGUUCUGCUAGCUUUUCUGGAUAUGCUCUCGAGAUGCUCAUGGUAAAGCUGGACCACAUGCAGCAAAGUGUUCUGCAACUACAGAUCGAAUUGGCCAAGCACCGGGAAGAGGCUGCGCAAAGCCAAAAUAACAGCGAUAAGAGCCUGGUCGAUAUUAAGAGGAUCGUGCAGAACAAUCUCGAUUCGAUGCAUCGAUGGGAGGAUGAUGUUGGACGCAACUUAAGUCGCCUACAGGAACGAUCAUGGCAGAUCUUGACGCAAAUACUUACGAAUGUCACAAUGAAGACCAAUCCUCUUUCAUAUGCACCCUAUCGCUCGUGCAGUGACAUUCGGAAUGCACAGUCUGGAGUAUAUAUUAUCCAGGCGAACGAUGAAAGCAACCCUUUUAUUGCGUACUGUCAGAGGGAUAUGAUGGGUAAAGGCAUCUGGUUGGUGAUACAGCACCGAUUCGACGGAUCGCUAAACUUCUAUCGCAACUGGACCGAGUAUCGAAAUGGUUUUGGUGACAUUGAGAAGGAGUUCUGGAUCGGACUGGAACGAAUGCAUCAGCUGACAAUGGGGCGACCCCAUGAACUGAUGGUUGAGCUGAGAGACUUUAAGGGGAAUUAUAAAUUUGCACUCUACGCAGCAUUCGAGAUCGGCAGUGAAGCCGAACAAUACAAUCUGAAAACCCUUGGAGCGUACAACGGAACUGCAGGGGAUUCUCUGUCAUAUCACAAGAAUAUGAAAUUCUCGACGUACGAUCGUAAUAAUGACUUGAACAACGGAAAUUGUGCUAAAUCAUUUGAGAGUGCCUGGUGGUACAGAAGCUGCUAUCAUUCCAAUUUGAACGGGCUAUACAAGAAUAUAGUAGAUGAUAGAUCGAUGAACUGGUACGACUUCAGCAAUUCCUUAGAAGGACUGAGCUUUUCAAGAAUGAUGAUCCGACCAAAAUAA